UUUUUUUGUAACUUCCAACUGCGACCUAUCAAACCAACAAGUUUCCGCACACAAAUUGCAAGGAAACGAUGAUGGUUUCUGAUAUCGUGUUGGCUGCAGCGAUCGCUGCGGCCCUAAAAUUGGUCCUCUGGAUUUACGAAAGUGCGCGACAACCUACUAAUGGUCAACUUCACGCCAUAACAAAUGCUCAUUUCAGCACACCUUUCUCUAGACUCUGGCUUCUUUGGAUCCGAGCAACUGGCGAGGAGUUCACCAAAUGCCUUGAGGCUCAUCGCACACUCGGCCCUAUCAUCAGAAUCGGUCCUAAUGAGAUCAGUAUCAAUCACGUUGACGGGGUCCGCACUGUGUAUGGUGGUAACUGGGAUAAGUCAAGCAUGUACGACAAGUUCACAUACUUCGGGUAAGAUGCCAUCACCCGUCAAUACACAAGAAAAAGCUGACAUUGGAGGUUCUCACCACUCUUCGCGAUACGCCAGGGAAAGUCUCACGCGGAAAGAAAGCGACUCUUCACUCAUGUCUUCUCCAAAUCUACAAUUGUCAACUCCGCCAAACUCAACGAUCUUCUUCAAUCCAUCUUAACCGCCAGACUGUUACCUAGGUUGCGGCAAGCAUCCGAUAACGGCGAUGACGUGGAAGUGUUUUCUCUGACGAGAGAAUACAGCAUGGAUGUUGUCACUGGUUAUCUUUAUGGCAAGGAGAACGGAACAAACUGGCUGGAGAAUCACGACAAUGCUGCGCAUCACCUAACUGCAUUCCAACAGUACGCUGAGCGUUUGGCAUUCUUCGCCAUUACAGAUUUGCACUCGCUGGUGACUUCCUUCAAGCGUUUAGGUAUCGAUCUGGUCCCCCCUUCCGUGGAUAUGGCGUAUGAAACCAUCAGCUCCUUCUUAUGGGACAUCACAACCCGCACAAUUGAUUCUUUCAAAAAUGGCGAAACUGAAGUGAAGGGUGACACUGGAAUAUUGAAAGACGUAUGGCAAAAGCUUGGUAACGUCACAGCGGAGGAAAAAACAAGACUGAUUGCAUCUGACAUGGGCGAUCAACUCCAUGCCGGCCAUGUGGCCACGGGAACUAUGCUCACCUACCUCAUGUGGGAGUUGUCCAGAAACAUCGACAUUCAAACCAGACUCAGACGUGAAUUAGCCUCCCUCAACGACCCCUAUAGCUCUGAAUUGUUAGACGCUGUGCUUUUGGAGACCUACCGCAUGUACCCCGCUGGUUAUGGACCAUUUCCUCGUGUAGCAUCAGAGAACUCAACAGUACAUGGAUUCGCCAUUCCCAAAGGAACUAUUGCUAGUGCAUCGCCAUUCAUGCUUGGCCGCAACGCUGCUAUGUUUCCCAAUCCUGACUUUUGGUUGCCUGGUAGAUGGGUCGGAGUUGACUCAGACAAGAAACGACAAAUGCAGCGCUGGGUAUGGAUGUUCAUGAGCGGACCACGCAUUUGUAUUGGAGAACACUUGGCUGUCAUUGGUACGUAUCGACUGCCUUCAUCUUUCUUCCUUUGUUGUACUGAUACUUUUAUACAGCAAUGAAGAGAUUCGUCAUCGAGAUUUAUUCUCGUUACGAGACAACAAUCAUUGGCGAUCCCGACAUGACACAGCUCGAGACCUUCUUCUCCGUCCCUGCCGGUGCAUCACUACCAUUGAAAUUCCGACGGGGCCCAUUGAAGACAAAUCGUUGAGGUCACAGUGUUCGCAUUUUACAAAUGGCAUCGCUUUUUAUAAAUGGCAUGGUAUUAUUAAGAUCUCAAGACUGGCUUGUAGAUAGAUAGAUAUUUUUCAAGACCAGCUCAAAUACAAUUGCUUCCAAGGUGUCGCAUGACUCUCAUCUAAGAC